UUGAAAAGAUGUUUGCGGUUACCAGUCUCGAGUCUUGCGUCGGCUUAAACGGACGCCGGUUGUUUAAAUAAUAGAUAAAACAGGUGAAGUUGGUACAAAAAGUGUCGAAAUCUUGUUAAAAAUAUAAACUAUGCAUUUCCGGAAAAAACCAAAUGAUAAAUAGUUGUAGGAUAUAAGAAUAAAUUGGAGCAAGAUUCUGAUUAAACUGUUGUAACAAAUUGUGGAAAAAUUUUUACGUGGAAUAAUUAAUUAGUUUAAAUACUUGAGUGUUACAAAAUGUUGGAUAAGUCGAGACGAGCCAAUAUCCAAAUCGAGAAGAACCUGUGGGACAAGCUGCCAUGCAUGGAUUGCAAGUAAUCUACUCCAAGAGACAAAAAAUUCAUUUCGAUGAGAUGACAGUGUUGCAAUUAAUAGGAAAAAAUUAUAGAUAGGUUAUAAAAGUCAUAGUUCAUAAAAAUGAUCAUGUGAAUGAAGUGAAUACAGUUUUGUUGAUUUUUAUUGGAUUAUUUUUAAUUCAAAUUAAUUAAAAGGUUAAUUUUUUAAUACUUUUGAACGCGCCGCCAUUUUGGUAUCACUUGGCUAUUUCUGGACGAAUAAUUAAACUUUGUCUUAUAUAUAUUUUUAUCUAUAAUACUGUCAAAAUUUAUUGAUGAUCAAAUUGAUUUAUAUUUUUUGAAAAAUUUAAUAAUCGUAAUCAUGAGGAAAAUAUCACUUGGAGCUAUGAACCGGUGGAGUGUCGCACUUAUUUAUGCAUCUAUUUUGAUGGUACAACUGGAAGGUGUUGCAUUGGGAGCACAAAUACCAGCAGGAUACGGCAUCUUGCCCACCUCCACAGUAGCAGUUGCCAGCACUGUUAGGAUUGAGUGUGCAAGCGAAUCGAUAAGAGUCCAUAUAUCAACUGAAAAAAAUACUGACUUUCAUGGACUGGUUUAUCCUAGAGGAUUAUCAAAAAAUAGUUCCUGUUUACAGGAGUAUAAAAGUCAACCUGUACCAAUCACCUAUCGUUUACCUCUACGAUCCUGCAACACUAUGCCAACGGAAUUGGAUGAUGGUGGAAUCGAAUAUUUCAAUACAAUUGUCGUUCAGCCGCAUUUAAAGCUAGUUACAAAUCAAGGAAGAGCCUUCCAUGUAAGAUGCCGCUAUCAGACUCGAGAUAAAGUUGUUACGAAUGACCAAACACGUGUGGCUAUGCUCCAAUCUCUUCCGUUACAGGCCACUGCUCCAAUGCCUGGAUGCACAAUGAAGAUCUUUAGUGGUGAUCCCACUCGUCACCAUGUUGCUGAGAAUGUCAAGAUCGGUGACCCGCUGACCCUAGUCAUCAGUAUUGACAAGCAAGAGAUGUUUGGGCUUAAGAUAUCUGAUUGUAUCGUAAGAGAUGGUUUGGGGUGGGGUGAACAAAGACUUAUCAACGAUGAAGGAUGUCCAGUUGAUGGUGAAAUCAUGGGCCAAUUCACGUACAGUGAAGAUAAGACUGAAGCUAGAGUCAACUUUCAAGCACACAAGUUUCCUUACACUGCCAGUGUUUAUUACCAAUGUAAUGUUCGAUUGUGUACAAAACAAGGUGGAGGAUGUUCAGAUACGCCACCAUUGUGUAAUGAAAUAAAUCGAAAACGAAGAGAAACGCCUGUCCGAGCUCUUGAGGAUAAAGACUCGUCGACUCUUGAUGGUACUCCUGCUACUAUUGAAGUCUACAGUGGACUCUACGUGAAUGAAGCCUCAGAUCUUGGUGGAAAGUCUGAUCUUUCUGAUGACGUCUUUCGAGAACGAACGAUUGAUGAUGCAGAUAGCAUAUGUAUAUCUCAAAGAAGUUUUGCAAUAGGAAUUGCUAUUGCUGGUUUGAUUUUAAUGCUUGCGGUAGUGGCAGCUAUUUUGGUUCUACUUGCUAAAAGACGUCAUAAAAAUAUUUCAACUACUGGUUCAUCAAUUUAUAGUGGACCAUAUACUAAUACUGCCUAUAGUCACAGCAGUUGAAGCAAAGUAUGCGAUUAAACUCGAUAAAUUUUUGCUCAAGUGUUCAAAAAAGUUUCAUAGACUUUUAUUAUAUGAAAGUUUGAAACUUAAAUUUUUGAUAAGUCAUCGAAAACUACUCAGUCAUUUAUGAACGACUGCCGCACUAAACUGUGACGCUUAUUUUUAUUUUUAUUAUUAUUUUUAAUUAUCAGUUAAUAUAAAACUAAAAAAUUAUACACUUCAAUGAAAAAAAACUAGUUCUUAGGAUAGUUAAAUAUUUAAAAAAGAAAUGAAAUUUCUUUGUGUUAAAAAUAUUUAAAUUGCUGGUCUAAUGGCUUUACUGCCGGUAUUUAUUUAUUUUUCAUUCGUUUUUUUUUAUUUUAAAAUUUUGAAUGCAAAAGUAUUGUCAUUAAGUUCAGCACAAAACGUAAAAGAAAGAACUAAAGUCAUGGGUAAAUGGUGAUGGGUACGAGAUAAUUUACAGACAAUUAAACAAAUCGUAACUAAUUUUCUUAACUUCUUAAGGAAGAUAAAAGAAUUCUGCAUGAAUUACAAUGAAAGAGAAAUUAUUGAGAAACCAUUGCUGAAACAAGAUUUAAAAAGAAAGAAAGUGUAAAAAGUAAAUCUUGUGGCAAUCUUUCUCUUCUGUUCUCUCAUUUUUCAUUGUAUAGAUUUAGAAAAGUGCAAUAUAGGAUUUUUGAAAAUAUCCUAAGGAACGGCAAACAAUUAUUUAGGUCACUCAAUUAUAUUUAAGAAGCGGGGAAAAUGUAAUUUCUAGCUAAGAUCUCCGUGGCAUUGGUUCACAGUUACAUUGAAGAAAAAAAAAUUUUUUAAAAUAAUAAUAAUAAUGAAUUUUUUUUCAAUAUCGUUUAUAAUUAAUUAAUUUAAUGGAUAAAAAAAAUAUCUCACAAUGACACUCUGGACCUUUGUCACCAAUGACAGAAUGUAGUAUUUUACAUUAUUUUUGUAAAUAACAUAAUUAUGAUCAAAUAAAAAAUACUUAAUAAGUAA